AUGGUGCACAUUACUCUGGGUCAAGCGAUAUGGGUGUCAGUUAAGCCGAUAAUCAAGAUUUAUUUGAUUAUAGGAGUCGGCUUUCUGAUGGCUAAAAUGGGAAUUCUUACGGUUGAAGCAACAAGAAUUAUUUCUGAUAUCGUGCUAACAGUUUUACUACCCUCUCUGUCAUUCAACAAGAUUGUCGCUAAUAUUGAAGAUAAAGACAUCAAAUCUGUGGGAAUUAUCUGUCUGUCUGCCCUCCUAAUAUUUGGUUCUGGGUUCUUUUUUGCAUACGUUGUUAGGCUAUUCCUGCCUGUUCCUAAACAAUGGUACGGUGGUAUUCUUGCCGGUGGUAUGUUUCCAAAUAUAAGUGAUUUACCAAUUGCAUAUUUACAAUCUAUGGACCAAGGGCUUGUAUUUUCGGAAGAAGAAGGUAACAAAGGUGUGGCUAACGUCAUUAUAUUUCUGACAAUGUUUCUAAUUUGCAUUUUCAAUUUGGGGGGGUUUCGACUGAUUGAAAGCGAUUUCGAGUACAACGACGAUGAAAGCGCCGUUAGGGUUUCAGAAACGACAAAGACACAGCCCGCAGUAAGUGCAAACACAACUAAUACAGAUACUAGCGAGCGUUUCUUCUCAAACGAACAACAGCUUUUCAACAAUAAGUACACCGCUCGCGAUAGUCUCACUGAAGCUAUAGGUACAAAGGGUGAAAACGCAGACGUACCACCAAUUUCAAGGAGAUCAACAAAUAGUAUAGCUCCCCUGUCACUACCAGACACUUCUUCGAAUUCAAAGAUUACAAAACCAGUUCAGGUGAAGGCAAGAAAUACUAUUGCGUGCACUCAAAGCGAAGAGUCACAGGCAACUCGUGGUUCAAAUCCAUUAGAUAGCCAAUCAUCUGCUUCAACAAUACAUUCUUAUAAUACGUCAGAGAGUUAUGAGAGUAGCAUAGAUACUAUGAGAGCACGUAGAACCGCGAGCCAGCCGAGAGCUUACAAUACUACCACACUCCUAGAAGAGAACUGUUUAGAUGAAAAAUGCCCAAAAAAUAUGUCUAUGGCGGCAUUGGAACCUAUCCGCUCCAUUGAUAUGCGUGCAUUACCUUCUCAAAAUAUACACCAUCUUAUCAGAGAGUACUCCAACGUUGACCAGUAUGGUCAUCAAAGGAGGAAUUCCAGUUUACGCGGCGCUGAUAUGAAUGAUGUGCAUUCAAUUAGCUCAAAUUCCACUUUACAGACUAUAAAAACUGCUAACCUAACCAGGAUCUUAACAUCAGAUGCCACUGUAAGUAAAAAGGAUAUUGAAACAUCCGGCGAAUCAUUACCACAGUGGAUGAGAAAAUUUUCAUUAACUCCAUUACUUGUGUUUUUCCUAAAGAAUUGUUUGAGACCGUGCUCUAUGGCCGUGAUCAUCGCCCUAACUGUUGCAUUUAUCCCAUGGGUCAAGGCUUUGUUCGUGACUACCGCUAAUACUCCUCACAUAAGCCAAGCUCCUGACAAUGCACCACCAUUAAGCUUUUUCAUGGAUUUUACAGGUUAUGUCGGUGCCGCAUGUGUUCCAUUUGGGUUGAUAUUAUUAGGAGCAACUUUAGGAAGAUUAAAGAUUGGCAACCUUUAUCCUGGAUUUUGGAAAGCCGCUGUGACACUCGUCAUUUUGAGACAAUGUGUCAUGCCAAUUUUUGGUGUCCUAUGGUGUGAUCGGUUAGUGAAAGCUGGAUGGGUUAAUUGGCAAGAUGAUAGAAUGCUACUAUUUGUUAUAGCAAUCAGCUGGAACUUGCCAACGAUGACUACCCUUAUAUAUUUCACCGCCAGUUUUACGCCGCCAGAAACAACUGCGCCAAUCCAAAUGGAGUGUGUUUCAUUUUUCUUAAUGCUGCAAUACCCGCUAAUGGUUGUUAGCUUGCCAUUUUUAGUGUCUUACUUUCUGAAAGUACAGAUGAACCUUUAG